AUGGCCGUCCAUGGCCACUCCCGCGUGUCUUUGGCCAUCUCGUGCGUGUCUUUAGGUAACAUGGCUCGAUUGGUGCAGAACAAGGUUCAACCGAUGCUGUCUCAACUUCAAAUUGGCCUUGACACCUUGACGACGCUCGGCAUUCCUGCCCUGUUAUCAACACACGAGCUGAUACCUAUUCCACGACCCCUUAGAGAAGGAGCUUUUGGCGAGAACGCGCCCAUGAAUCCAACGUCCAGGACAUGGCCAUUGCAACAACGCGGCACCUGUUUGCGGCGUCGUUGCAACCUGGGACGCAAACACCUUCAGCGAAAGGCAAGCGACGUUUCUCGUUUUAUCUUGACAUGUAUAAUGGAACAAGGAUAA